UUUGCAACUAAAAGUCAGGAAGCAGUUAGCUUAGGGAGUUCACCUUCUUCCUCUAUAAAUACCAAGGAACCUGAGAAAAUCAAAGCAGAUGCAGCCAUGGGAACUACUGCCUUUCCUGCUGUUGACUCCACAAGAGACACAGAGUCUGAUAAGGAGAGGCCCUCAGAGAUGGCAGGUGACGAUGCCCAGAGCACUGCCAUCAAGUAUUUAGUGACAGUCCCCAAGAAUGUCAUUGAUCCAACAGCUGGCAGUGUUCUGGGGAACCUUAAGGUCACAGUGAGUGUCAGCACACCUGGCCCAGUCUCUUCUGUUUUCAGUGAGGAGUGGGAUGACACCAGACUUGAGAGUAUAAGUCGGGGGAGGCCCCCAGAACCAGGAGACAAUGCAGAGACUCAAGUGAGAACAGAGCCACCACACAGAAUCUAUGAGAGCUUUGAGGCAACUGAGGAGAGCCCCACUUCCACAGAGGUUACAAAGGUGGCUCCAGGGUUUCCGGGAGGAGGAACAGCCUUGGUGACUACACUGGGGGUUGAGAGGUCACCAGUCUUGACCCAUCAAAUUUCUUUCACUCACACGCGUCUGGCAGAAGAUCCUGAAGUUUCCACUAUGAAGUUGUUCUCUAGUGCAGGAGGUUUCAGAGCGUCCACCCAGGGGGACAGGACCCAGCUCUCCUCAGAGACUGCAGUGUCUGCCUCUCAGUAUGAGCCUCUGCCACAGCAGGCAGCAGGAGAUGUGUUAAAAGAGGGGUCACAAGAGAUGACAGUGGUCAUUCAAGAAAUAGACACCACAUUACCUGUGGUGACACAAGAGCAUAUGGCUACCAUCGAGGUUCCCAGAGGCAGUGGGGAGCCUGAAGAGAGCCUGCCAUCCACCUCCCCUGUGUCUGCUGAAGUGGGUGAUGCUGAACUGUCCAGAAGAUGGGAGUCUCCGGCCACUCCAGCCUCCACCACUGUUGGCCCUUUGUCUCUCCAACUUACCUCUUCCAUGGAAGGGUGUGUGAAGGUGUCUGGAAAGUCAAAAGAAUUGAUAGAUGGGCUCAGCUUGGUGAUUCUCAGUUGUAACUCCAGCAGUGAAGCAGGAGGAUUGCCAUAA